UCUCUUUUCUUACUUGUCUUUUAUCAGUCAGCGAUAGAAGGACUGUCUCAAUAGUUUAGAAAAAGAAAAAAAGCUUUUUUUUGUAAACGCGAAUAUGUCAACCAACGCUCUUCAAGCAGUUGAAGUAUAUACUCAGGGCACAAAGGCUUGGUUUGAAGAUGACCGAGAAGCUUGGGUGUCUACUACUUGUGUCUCCAAUACUGUCUCAGGGGACAAUGUUCGUAUUGCAUUCUCAAGCGAUAAUGACGAAAGAGAAUAUGUGUUUGAAUCUACGUUGGCAGAAAUAACAAAAAAUGGUGGAUCUACACUUCCUCCCCUUCGUAACCCACCCAAGAUGGAAUAUACAGAUGAUUUGACCAACCUGAGUUAUUUGAAUGAGCCUGCAGUACUCAACACAAUUCGUACACGUUAUAUGCAACGAUUGAUCUAUACUUACUCUGGUAUUGUGCUGAUUGCUGUCAAUCCUUUUGACCGUGUUGCUCUGUAUGAACCAGACAUUGUUCAACAAUAUUCAGGCAGAAGAAGAGGUGAACUUGAGCCUCACUUGUUUGCUAUUGCUGAAGAUGCCUAUCGUUGUAUGAUUCGUGAACAAACAAACCAAACGAUUGUUGUCUCUGGUGAAAGUGGUGCUGGUAAAACAGUGAGUGCUAAAUAUAUCAUGCGUUAUUUUGCUACUGCAGACGAUCAAGAAUCCAUGGACAAAAAGUCGAAAUCAGGCGGGGGCAUGACAGAAGUAGAAGAACAAAUUCUGGCCACCAAUCCUAUCAUGGAAGCAUUCGGUAAUGCAAAAACAACCAGAAACGAUAACUCGUCAAGAUUUGGUAAAUACAUUGAAAUCCAGUUUGACGAUGCAGCCAAUAUUGUGGGAGCAAAAAUCAGAACUUAUUUACUGGAGCGAUCUCGUUUAAUCUAUCAACCAGAGACAGAAAGAAACUAUCAUAUUUUCUAUCAACUUUGUGCAGGUAUCCCUGUGUCUGAAAAGAAAGAGUUUGAACUAGGUGAAUACAAUCAAUUUCAUUAUUUAAAUCAAAGCGGAACGGGUGUGAUUCCGGGUGUAGACGAUGCUGCGGAAUUCGAAACAACACAGCGUGCUCUAUCCACAGUCGGUCUCUCUGUUCAGGUUCAAUGGAAGAUCUUUCGAUUACUGGCUGCCUUACUUCAUUUGGGUAAUAUCAAGAUUACUGGCCGUGGUGAUGCUAUGCUUUCAGAAGAAGACCCAGCCUUAUUAAUAGCCACACGUCUUUUGGGUAUCAAAACGGCUGAUUUUAGAAAAUGGAUCGUUCGUAAACAAAUUGUGACACGGUCCGAAAAGAUCGUUACCAAUCUCAGUCCUGCUCAGGCACAUGUUGUUAAGGAUUCAGUAGCCAAAUAUGUCUAUGCCAACCUAUUUGAAUGGUUGGUGGCCGUCACCAACGAAAGUCUGUCGUGCUCAGAUGCUAACAAAGUAGCCAACUUUAUUGGUGUGUUGGAUAUUUAUGGUUUUGAACAUUUUAAAAAGAACUCGUUUGAGCAGUUUUGUAUCAACUAUGCUAACGAAAAGCUUCAACAGCAAUUUAAUCAACAUGUAUUUAAACUGGAACAAGAAGAAUAUGUUCGUGAAAAGAUCAAUUGGACAUUUAUCGAAUUCAGUGAUAACCAAAAAUGUAUUGAACUGAUUGAAGCUAAGCUUGGUAUUCUGUCUCUUUUGGAUGAAGAAUCGCGUUUACCCUCUGGAUCAGAUCAAGGCUUUGUUCAGAAACUAUACACUAAUUUUGAUAAUCCCAAUUUCAAGAAUUAUUUUAAAAAGCCUCGUUUCUCUAACAGUGCAUUCACCAUUGCUCAUUAUGCUUUGGAUGUCCAAUAUGAAGCAGAAAGUUUCAUUGACAAAAACAAGGAUACUGUGCCUGAUGAACAUCUUUCUCUUUUACAAGGAUCCGAAUUUGACUUCUUGGUUGAAGUAUUAGACAGAGCUGCUGCUAAUAACCCUGCACCUACGGCCGAAAACAACAAACGCAUGAGUAUGGUAGCAAAGAAACCCACAUUGGGUUCUAUUUUCAAACUAUCAUUGAUCAAUUUGAUGGACACGAUUGGCGGUACCAAUGUCCAUUAUAUCCGUUGUAUUAAGCCCAACGAAGCCAAGAUUGCUUGGGAAUUUGAUCCUAGUAUGGUUCUUUCUCAAUUGCGAGCCUGUGGUGUGCUAGAAACCAUCCGUAUCAGUUGUGCAGGUUAUCCUUCUCGGUGGACAUUUGAAGAGUUUGCAGAUCGUUACUUUGCCCUUGUUUCAUCUAAAUAUUGGGAUCCUAAAGUCAAGCCUGACGUCAGGCAACUCUGUUCUGUUAUUUUAGAAGCCUCCAUCAAAGACGAAGACAAGUUCCAAGUGGGUGAAACCAAGAUCUUUUUCCGUGCAGGACAAUUAGCCUAUCUGGAAAAACUCCGUUCAGAUCGUUUCAAUGAAUGUGCCAUCAUGCUCCAAAAGAACAUGAAGCGCUUUAUUUAUCGUACAAGAUAUGUUCGCACCAAGGAACUAACGGUUCAGAUCCAAUGUGUUGCUCGUCGUAAAGCAGCUGUGGUUAAAAUGCAAGCACUUCGUGAAGAAAACGCUGCGAUUGUGAUUCAGAAGCAUUGGCGUCGAUACAAGGCACGUAAAGAAUUCCUUCAAAAGCAAGCCUUUCUUCUCAAGUUACAGACAGCCUGUCGAUCGCGUUUGGCGAGACGCAACCAUGUUGCUUUCCGUGAAAACAGUGCUGCUAUCGUGAUUCAGAAAUUGGUGCGUGGUUGGUUUGCACGCAAAAGCUACAAGGCACAACGUGAAUUUAUUAUCCAUAUUCAAUCUUGCAUUCGUCGAAAUAUGGCGCGUAAGCAAUUAUUUGGCUUGCGCACAGAAGCACGCUCUGUCAAUCACUUUAAAGAAGUAUCUUAUGCCCUUGAAAACAAAGUGGUUGAGCUCACUCAGACAUUGACUGCCAUUCGAGAAGAAAAAAAGAUGGCACAAGAUCGCUCUAUUCAACUAGAGGCACAGAUCAAGAACUGGAUGGACAAGUAUGAAAAGAUGGAGCGCCGUGCUAAACAUUUAGAUGAGCAAUUACAAGAACCUACUGUACCUCAGGAACAGCACGAUACUUUACAGGCCGAAUUCAACACAUUGUCAACAGAACACCGUACUACACUUGAGAAAGUCAAGACUCAAGAAAAAGAACUUACUUUGCUCAAGACACAACUCGAAACAGAAAGACAAGAGACAGCAUCUUUGCGCAAGAGUUUAGAAGAAGCAGACGAACGCAACAAGAAUGCUACCGAUGAAUCAGAAGUAGCAGAGCUUCGUAGUCAAUUAGCUGCAUUGAAAGCACAGCUUUCACAAGCACUGAAUACACCUCGUCGCCAAGGAUCCAAUCAUGGUUUACGUGCACUCUCACCCGCACCUGGGAUGCGUAACCUUUCACCUUCACCCAAUCGUGUAUUUGAUCAUGAGCGUCAUCGUAGUCGAUCACCUCAUGGUAUUUAUCCUACCUCUACUAAUAGCUCUGAAGCAACCAGUACCGCCACCACAGACACGCCUACACCACUUGCUUCAUCUGCUGCUCGUCGACCUCGUCGUAAUAGCUCAGGUGAUAUGGACAAUCAACGCAUCAAGAAUUCUCUCGAUACUAUCCGUCAUGCCGAAAACCUUAGCAGUAAUCCUAGACCCACCUCCAUUGACCAUUUUGGUGCUCUUAUGGGGGCCAAGACAGCUGGAGGCCUUGCAGGUGCGAUUGACGAAAGUCCCGAAGAUGAGAUUCAUACUCUUUUGCGUAAUGAAGAGUCAUUACAAGAAGAAAUCCUUCAUGGGCUUAUCAAGUCUGUCAAGAUGCCUUUGCCUACUCUACAAAACCCUCCUUCUCAAAAGGAAAUUCUGUUCCCUGCUCAUACCAUCAGUGUCUGCGUGAAUGAAAUGUGGCAUUUAGGUUAUAUUCAAGAAUCAGAGCGACUGUUGUUUAAUGUGAUGGAUACAAUUCAAAAGCAAUUCCUUAGUUUUACGGAUGAAGAUGCUGUUGUACCCUGUACUUUUUGGCUCACCAAUGUACAUGAAUUGCUUUCUUUGAUCUGUAUUGCCCAUGUAGAAUUCGAUCAAGAGCUCUAUCAAGAUAAGCGCAAAACUGUGGGUCGCCAUGACUUUAGCAAACUAAUGGAGACAAUCAAAUUUGAAAUGCAGUGUUUGGAAGACAAUAUUUACCAUGCUUGGAUGAAGGAAAUCAAGAAACACUUGAGCAAGAUGGUGAUUCCUGCCCUUGUGGAGGGUCAAUCGUUGCCUGGUUUUAUUACGAGUGACAAUGGUCGAUUCUUUAACAAACUCUUGAUUGGUUCUUCCCAACCUAGUUACUCUAUGGAUGACCUCUUGAACUUUUUAAACAAGGUUUGGCGUACAAUGAAGUGUUACUAUAUUGAACAAUCUGUGGCUACACAAGCCUUAACAGAGCUUCUUAAGCUGAUUGGUGUCACUUCAUUUAAUGAUCUCUUGAUGCGUAAAAACUUUUGUUCAUGGAAGCGUGCCAUGCAAAUCCAAUACAACAUUACACGUAUUGAAGAAUGGUGCAAGAGUCAUGAUAUUCCAGAAGGAGCAUUGCAACUAGAACACUUGAUGCAGACAACCAAAUUACUUCAGUUCAAAAAGGCCACUUUGGAAGACAUUGAGAAUAUUUAUGAUGUCUGUUGGAUCUUAUCACCCACUCAAAUUCAAAAGUUGAUUUCACAAUACUAUACAGCAGAUUAUGAGAACCCCAUUAAACCAGAGAUCCUGAAGGCUGUUGCUUCUCAUGUUGUCAGUGGAGAUAAGAGUGACGUGUUGUUAUUGGAUUCUGUGUCGAUUGAGAAUACUUCGAACCCAUUUGAAGUCCCUGUGCCAAGAGACACAAAACCUGAAAUUUAUCUACCAUCAUGGUUAAAUUUAAAACGCCUUCGUCGUUUAAUAAGUCUGAUUCAACAAAGUGGUUAUCAUGCCACGGCAUUAUCAACCACGUCAAAAGAAACCUAAUCAUACCACAUCAACACACUAUAUUGCGCGCGAAUAACAUGGUCUUUAUUUAGUUUUUAGUUUUUUUUUUCUCAUUGCUGAAUAAUGGAUUAUACACUCCAUGUACAACUCAAGGGAUUCAUUCUAAACAAGCACAAUGGUGUUUAUUAUUCUUAAAAUAGAUAGCAAUAGAGAUAUUUUAUUGGUUAUGCAUACUUUAUAUAAAGAGAGAAUCGUUAUCUCAGCCAUCUCCAGAAAUAGUUUUACGUUGUGAACACAAGAUGUGUCGUCUUGGCAGUUCAAAAAGAAGGCGCUCUAUUUUUUUUUUUU